AUCUACAAUGUUUUGAAACGAUUCAAAAGCGCGCCUGUGAACUUAGUGGUUGUUGUUUCAGUGUUGAUACAGUGCUGCGUAUACAAAAAUGUAUUUAAUUAGUUACACAUUAAUGUGGAUAAUAAUGGAUAUGAUAGUAAAUGCAGACGUAAAUCCCUAUAUGCGCGCGCUAAACACGCGUCCGUGGCAGAGCAUACAGGACUAUGUAAUGGUUCGUCCUGGAGCUUACAUAUUUUACUGGCUCUAUUACGCUGAUGGAACUAGGGAUGGUGCUGAACAAAAGCCACUUAUAAUAUGGGUACAGGGUGGGCCUGGUUUUGCUGCAAGUGGAAUAGCAAAUUUUGCAGAAAUAGGCCCGCUCAGUAUGGAUUGGCAGCCGCGUAAUCACACGUGGGUAAAAGGGAGAAACGUAUUGUUAAUAGACCACCCAGUGGGUACCGGAUUCAGUUAUGUUAAAAACAGGUCAUUGCUUGUAAAAACGGAUCAAGAAGCAGCUAUCGACCUCUCGAAAACUAUAAAGGCCUUCUUUAGAACACAUAAAGGAUUUCGUAAAACGCCUACUUAUAUUUUUGGCCAAAGUUAUGGUGGCAAACUAUGUCCUAGGCUGGGAUUUUAUUUACAUACGGCAAUUGAGAAAAAGCGUCUAAAAAUGAAUUUGAAAGGACUUGGCAUUGGCAGCGGAUUUGUAGACCCAAAGGAGAGUGCCUUGGUUUAUUCAGAUUUCCUCUAUAACAUGGGUGUCAUCGAUCAAACUACAUAUUUAAAAGGUAUGACUAUUGCAAGAAAAUUGUGCUCCCAUAUUGACAAGAAGGAAUACGUUAUGGCUGGAGAAUGGGAUAGAGUUUUAUUUGAAACCCUUCGUAAUGAAUCUGGGAUGGAAAUUAACUUUAACAAUAUUAAUCAAAUUAGUCCGUACCCUGCUUUAGAAUUGCUAGAGAAAAACAUAAACAUGUACGUAAAACCAACACUCGUUAGUGUAGUGAACCAGAGUUUGGAAUGGAAAUAUAUAUCUCAUGCCGUUUUUUAUAACUUAAAUGAUAAUUUUCUAGUUCCCUCUACAAAAUUCUUAGAAAUGCUACUAAAUAAUACUAAUUUGAAGAUAAGCGUAUAUAAUGGGAAUUUAGACGUCGUUACACCACUAGCUGGAGCAUCGAAUUGGGCACACAAGUUGAAGUGGCAUGGGGCACAAGAUUUUAAGAAUGCCAAAAGAAAUAAAAUACGUGGCAUUAGAAAUGGAUUUUAUAAGGAGGCAAAACAUUUGAGUUUUUGGUGGGUCUUUGGUUCCGGACAUUGGGUACCUGAAGAUAAUCCUGAAGCAAUGGACCACAUACUAGAACACAUUAUGUCAGAUGAUGUAAAAUAGAGGGAAUACAUGUCUACAGAUUUAUUACAUGUUAAGAACAUGAACAAUAUUAUUAAAACAAGAAAUAUCGAAUUUUUAUCAAUUUAAUCGAAUUGUCACUAUAAAUAAUGUUUAUUAUACAUUUAUAUAUUUGGCUAAAUAAUAUAUACAAAGACAGUUAAAAUUUAUACUUCAUUAUAAAUAUCUAAUAUAUACAUUAUUUUUAAGCACCACGCUGAGAUUAUAUACAUAAAAAAACUCAUAUAGCUACUAUUUCAGCGAAAUACUUUACCGCUGUCUAUGGCAGUAUAUUUUAUUUGUAUAUAAUUAUGUUUGGAUUAAAUCAGUCUCUUAUUUACUAACAAUUGUAUUAUAUUAUUAAUUAAUUUCUACCAUUCACUAUUUAUUUACACAGUCAUUUUAUAGACCGUUAUUUAGUAAUAGUUUAGUGUUAUAU